AUGGCGGACACGAACGGUGUAAACGGCGUCAAUGGCCACGAUGGCUAUCCGAGCGCGAAUGCGGCGAAAUACAACCUGGCUCCUCACUUCAUCGGCGGAAACCACUUGGGUGUAGCAUCUCCCGGGAAGGUGAAGGAGUUCGUGGCCGCGAACGGCGGUCACACAGUGAUUACAAACGUCCUCAUCGCCAAUAAUGGUAUCGCCGCGGUCAAGGAAAUCAGAUCGGUGCGGAAGUGGGCAUACGAGACGUUUGGAGAUGAGCGGGCGAUCCAGUUUACGGUCAUGGCAACGCCGGAAGAUUUGCAAGCAAACGCAGAUUACAUCCGAAUGGCAGACCAGUAUGUUGAGGUUCCAGGAGGCACGAACAACAACAACUAUGCGAAUGUCGAGCUGAUCGUCGAUGUUGCUGAGCGGAUGGGCGUGCAAGCAGUAUGGGCCGGAUGGGGCCAUGCUUCCGAAAACCCAAAGCUCCCGGAGUCCCUCGCCGCAUCACCGCACAAAAUCGUCUUCAUCGGUCCUCCCGGUUCGGCCAUGCGAUCGCUCGGCGACAAGAUCUCCUCCACAAUUGUCGCGCAGCAUGCAAAGGUACCCUGCAUUCCCUGGUCUGGCGAGGGCGUCGAUCAAGUUUUGGUCGGAGACGACGGCAUUGUCACCGUGGAGGACCAUGUAUACGACAAAGGCUGCACACAUUCACCGGAAGAGGGCUUAGAGAUGGCGAGGAAGAUCGGCUUCCCCGUCAUGAUCAAGGCUUCGGAGGGUGGUGGUGGCAAGGGUAUCCGGAAGGCGGACACGGAGGAGGGCUUCCACAACCUCUACCGUGCUGCUGCCAGCGAGAUUCCGGGCUCUCCCAUCUUCAUCAUGAAGCUUGCUGGAAACGCAAGGCAUUUGGAGGUCCAGCUUCUCGCUGACCAGUAUGGAAAUAACAUUUCUCUCUUCGGCCGUGACUGCUCAGUCCAGCGACGACAUCAAAAGAUUAUUGAGGAGGCGCCUGUAACAGUUGCGAAUCCCAACACCUUCCACGCUAUGGAGAAAGCCGCCGUCUCAUUAGGGAAGUUGGUCGGCUACGUCUCCGCUGGUACCGUCGAAUAUCUAUACUCCCACGCGGACGACAAAUUCUACUUCCUCGAACUUAACCCGCGUCUGCAGGUGGAGCACCCUACAACAGAGAUGGUGAGCGGUGUCAACCUCCCCGCUGCUCAGCUCCAGAUCGCAAUGGGUCUUCCUCUUAGCCGAAUCCGGGAUAUCCGCCUCCUCUACGGUGCUGAUCCUCAUAGCGCAACCGAGAUUGAUUUCGACUUUACGAAGGAGGGUAGCUUACAAAAUCAGCGAAAACCCACACCCAAGGGCCAUACCACUGCCUGCCGUAUUACCUCAGAAGAUCCCGGCGAGGGCUUCAAGCCAUCCAGCGGUACGAUGCACGAACUGAACUUCAGGAGUAGCUCCAACGUCUGGGGUUACUUCUCCGUCGGUACUGCCGGUGGUAUCCAUAACUUCUCCGACAGCCAGUUCGGCCACAUCUUCGCUUACGGCGAGAACCGCGCUGCGUCGCGGAAACAUAUGGUUGUCGCUUUGAAGGAACUCAGCAUUCGCGGUGACUUCAGAACUACCGUCGAGUAUCUUAUCAAGCUACUGGAGACCCCCGCUUUCGAAGACAACACCAUCACCACCGGCUGGCUGGACGAGCUGAUCUCCAAGAAACUGACCGCUGAGCGUCCGGAUCCUAUGGUUGCCGUCAUCUGCGGAGCCGUCACAAAGGCUCACAUCGCCAGCGACAUCGCCAUGACCGAAUAUCGGACCAGCUUAGAAAAGGGUCAGGUGCCGUCAAAGGACGUUCUGAAGACCGUCUUCCCGGUUGAUUUCAUCUACGAAGGCCAUCGGUACAAGUUCACGGCCACUAGGUCCAGUAUCGACAGCUACACUCUCUUCAUCAACGGCUCCAAGUGCGCUGUAGGCGUGAGGGCUCUGGCUGAUGGCGGUCUCCUUGUGCUCCUUGGCGGCAAGUCUCACAACAUCUACUGGCGAGAGGAGGUUGGCGCUACGCGUCUCAGUGUCGACAGCAAGACCUGCGUGCUCGAGCAGGAAAACGACCCUACUCAGCUCCGCACUCCCAGUCCUGGUAAACUGGUCAAGUUCACCAUCGAGAAUGGCGAGCACGUCAGGAAAGGUCAAGCUUUCGCCGAGGUGGAGGUCAUGAAGAUGUAUAUGCCACUGAUUGCCCAGGAAGACGGUAUCGUCAACCUCAUCAAGCAACCUGGAGCUACCCUGGAGGCUGGUGACAUUCUUGGUAUCCUUGCUCUGGAUGAUCCAUCAAAGGUUAAGUCUGCUCAGCCGUUCCUUGGCCAGUUACCGGAUCUUGGUGCACCCCAGGUGAUGGGCAACAAGCCGCCCCAGCGGUUUACAUACCUCUACAACAUUCUUCGGGAUAUCCUGCAGGGCUUCGACAACCAGGUUAUCAUGCAGAGUACCCUCAAAGAGCUCGUCGAGGUUCUACGGAACCCCGAACUCCCGUACGGCGAGUGGAACGCUCAGGCGUCUGCACUGCACGCUCGUAUGCCGCAGAAGCUCGACUCGACUCUCGGCCAAAUCGUCGAGCGCGCUCACAGUAGAAACCUCGAAUUCCCCGCUAAGCAGCUUGCGAAAGCCUUCACCCGCUUCCUGGAGGAGAAUGUUGAACCAAGCGAUGCGAAUCUCCUGCGCUCAGCACUGGUCCCGCUCAUUGAGGUGAUCGACCGCUACAAGGACGGGCUCAAGGUGCAUGAGUACGACGUCAUGGUCAGCCUUCUUGAGCAGUACUACGAAGUCGAGUCGCUUUUCUCCUCCCGCACGAAUAGAGACGAAGAGGUUAUCCUCAAGCUGAGGGAUGAGAACAAGGACAACAUCGCCAAGAUCGUGGUCACCGUCCUCUCCCAUACUAGGGCAAGCUCGAAGAACCACUUGAUCAUCGCCAUCCUCGACACCUACCGACCGAACAGGCCGGGCGUCGGCAACGUCGCGAAGUACUUCAAGUUCGCUCUUAAGAAACUUGCCGAACUGGAGUCGCGCGCAACCGCCAAGGUUGCUCUCAAGGCCCGCGAGGUUCUCAUCCAAUGCGCCAUGCCGUCAUUGGAAGAGCGUACUUCCCAGAUGGAACAUAUCCUGCGCUCUUCUGUCGUUGAGUCACGUUACGGCGAGAGCGGUUGGGAUCACCGCGAGCCCAAUUUUGAUGUCAUCAAAGAGGUUGUUGACUCUAGGUACACCGUCUUUGAUGUUUUGCCACAGUUCUUCGCCCAUUCUGAUCCGUGGGUCGCAUUGGCCGCACUGGAGGUCUACACCCGUCGUGCCUACCGCGCAUACCUGCUCAAGAAGAUCGAGUACCACGUGGAGAACGAGGCGCCCUAUAUACUCUCAUGGGACUUUGCGCUACGCAAGGUUGGCGAGUCUGAGUUCGGCCUGCCGAUCGAGUCAUCUCACCCUUCGACGCCGUCCACACCUGCGGGCGAGUCGCCGUUCAAGCGCAUCCACUCCAUCAGCGACCUGUCCUAUAUUGGCAAGGCCGCUGAAGGCGAGACCACUCGGAAGGGCGCGGUAGUCCCCGUGCCUUUCAUUGACGAUGCUGAAGAGUACCUCACCCGCGCACUGGAGGUGUUCCCAUCGGUCGGCUCGUACCGGAAGCGGAAUUCCAGCGCUAACAAUGCUGGUCUCAUGGCUGAGCUGUCAAGGAACCGUCGGCCCGCGCCUCCGAAAUUAGAGAACGAAGACGAGCUCACUGCCGUGUGCAACGUCGCCGUUCGAGAUGCUGAGAGCUUUGAUGACAAGGAGAUCUUGGACCGCAUCCUCCCCAUCGUUAAUGAGUACAAGGAGGAGAUGCUCGCCAGACGCGUUCGCCGCCUGACUUUCAUCUGUGGCCACAAGGAUGGGACUUAUCCCGGGUACUACACCUUCCGUGGGCCUGCCUACGAGGAGGAUGCCAGUAUUCGUCACAUCGAGCCUGCCCUUGCUUUCCAGCUGGAGCUUGGCCGUCUUUCCAAGUUCAACAUCAAGCCAGUAUUCACGGAGAACCGCAACAUUCACAUCUACGAGGCGGUUGGAAAGGGCGCCGAGAAUGACAAGCGCUACUUCACAAGGGCUGUCGUCCGUCCCGGCCGUCUCCGAGAGGACAUUCCUACCGCUGAGUACAUGAUCUCUGAAGCUGACAGGCUCAUGACUGACAUCCUGGACGCAAUGGAGAUCAUCGGCAACAACAACUCUGACAUGAAUCACAUCUUCAUCAACUUCUCCACCGUUUUCCCUCUAGCGCCGCGCGAGGUCGAAGAGGCGCUCGGUGGCUUCCUUGACAGGUUCGGUCGCCGUGCCUGGAGGCUCCGCGUCACUGGCGCUGAGAUCCGUAUUGUCUGCACGGAUCCGCAGACUGGUGCGCCGUACCCUCUCCGCGUUGUCAUCACCAACACCUCUGGCUAUAUCAUUCAGGUCGAGCUAUACGCAGAGCGCAAGUCAGACAAGGGCGGCCAGUGGCUCUUCCACAGCAUCGGUGGUACCACCAAGAUUGGCUCCAUGCAUCUGCGCCCUGUCAACACGCCAUAUCCGACCAAGGGGGCGCUUCAGCCGAAGCGGUACAAGGCUCACAUUAUGGGGACUCAGUACGUCUACGACUUCCCGGAGCUGUUCCGCCAGGCUGUCGAGAACAGCUGGCACCAGGUUGUUGCCAAGCACGGGCACCUCAAGGACAAGCAGCCUGUGCAGGGCGAGUGCAUCGAGUACAACGAGCUAGUGCUUGAUGAAGACGACAACCUAGCUGAGGUCAACCGAGACCCCGGCUCGAACACAAUAGGAAUGGUUGGCUGGAUCGUCACUGCCAAAACACCCGAAUAUCCCCGUGGCAGGCGCUUCAUCAUCAUUGCUAACGACAUCACCUUCAAGAUUGGUUCGUUUGGUCCCGCCGAAGACAAGUUCUUCCACAAGUGCUCUGAGCUUGCAAGGAAACUUGGCAUUCCCCGCAUCUAUCUAUCCGCCAACUCUGGUGCUCGGAUAGGCAUGGCCGAGGAGCUGAUCCCUCACUUCUCCGUCGCUUGGAAUGACCCAAGCAACCCGGCCAAGGGCUUCAAAUACCUCUACCUCACCCCCGAGAAGAACAAGCGUUUCACAGAAGGCAACAAGCGCGACGUCAUCACGGAGAAGAUUGUUGAGGAUGGCGAGACUAGGUACAAGAUCACCACCAUCAUCGGUGCCGAGGACGGCCUUGGUGUCGAGUGCUUGAAGGGCUCUGGUCUCAUCGCUGGUGAGACUUCAAGGGCUUACGAGGACAUCUUCACCAUCACUUUGGUCACCUGCCGUUCCGUCGGUAUCGGUGCCUACCUUGUCCGUCUCGGCCAGCGGGCCAUUCAGAUUGAGGGCCAGCCCAUCAUCCUUACCGGUGCACCUGCCAUCAACAAGCUUCUGGGCCGCGAAGUUUACACCUCCAACUUGCAGCUCGGUGGCACGCAAAUCAUGUACAACAAUGGUGUCUCACACAUGACUGCCGAGGACGACUUCUCUGGUGUGUCUAAGAUCGUCAAGUGGCUUGGAUUCGUACCAGACAAGAAGGGCAACCCUGUCCCCAUCUCUCCAACCAUCGACAACUGGGACCGUGAUGUCACCUACUACCCACCGCAGAAGCAGCCGUACGACGUCAAGUGGCUGAUUGCAGGCAAGGAAGACGACGAGGGAUUCCUCUCUGGUCUCUUCGACCGCGGCUCCUUCGAGGAAACCCUAGGCGGUUGGGCCAAGACUGUCGUUGUCGGCCGCGCACGCCUCGGCGGCAUCCCAAUGGGCGUCAUCGGCGUCGAGACGCGCUCAGUAACCAACGUCACGCCAGCUGAUCCUGCGAACCCGGACUCGAUCGAGCAGGUCACGUCCGAGGCCGGUGGUGUUUGGUAUCCAAAUUCGGCAUUCAAGACUGCGCAGGCGAUCAACGACUUCAACCAUGGCGAGCAGCUGCCACUCAUGAUUCUGGCCAACUGGCGAGGCUUCUCCGGUGGCCAGCGCGACAUGUACAACGAGGUGCUCAAGUAUGGCUCCAUGAUUGUCGACGCGCUCGUCAAGUACGAGCAGCCAAUCUUCGUGUACAUCCCGCCGUUUGGCGAGCUGCGCGGUGGCUCUUGGGUCGUCGUCGAUCCAACAAUCAACCCGCAAGUAAUGGAAAUGUACGCCGACGAAGACGCCCGCGGCGGCGUUCUCGAGCCCGAAGGCAUCGUGGGCAUCAAGUUCCGCAAAGACAGGCAGCUCGAAACUAUGGCGCGGUUGGACGCCACCUACGGCGACCUGAAGCGCCGUCUCGCCGACCCAGCGACCCCACGCUCCGAGCUCGCGGACAUCAAGGCCCGCAUGACGGAGCGCGAGCACGCGCUGCUGCCCGUGUACGCGCAAAUCAGCCUGCAGUUCGCGGACCUUCACGAUCGUGCGGGCCGCAUGGAGGCGAAGGGCGUGAUCCGCAAGCCGCUGCGCUGGAGGGAGGCGAGGCGCUUCUUCUACUGGCGCCUCCGUCGCCGUCUCAACGAGGAGUACAUCCUCAAGCGCAUGGCGGCUGUCGCGUCCAAGGAUGUUGGGAGCUUGUCGCCCACCGCGGCACGUGCCACGCACCUUGAGCUGCUCAAGUCGUGGUCUGAUGUCCCGAACUUCGAGAAGGAUGAUAUGAGCGUUGCGGUGUGGUAUGAAGAGAAUAGGAAGCAGGUGUCAGAGAAGGUGGAGGGAAUGAAGAGGGCGGGUAUUGCGGAGGAUGUGGCGGGUUUGGUGAGGAGGGAUAAAGAGGGGGCGCUGGAGGGCUUCAAGACGGCGCUGAGUAUGUUGCCGACUGGGGAGAAGGAGGAGCUGCUGAGGAUGCUGAGUAGAGUGUAG